GGUCGGAGGUGGAGCUCAAUUUCUUCUACACUAGAGUGGAGUACGUUCAAGUAAACAGUUAGAGUGAAGCAGAGGAGGAAUCAUCUGUUUAUUUCUUGUUUCACCUGCGCUUAAACUUAUGGCUGAAUCUAUAGGAAAGUUUGACUUUGCAAUCGAUCGUGGAGGUACCUUCACUGAUGUGUUUGCCCGUUUGCCUGACGGGCGAGAGAGGGUCCUCAAACUGCUGUCACAUGACCCUCAAAAUUACAAAGAUGCCCCGACUGAGGGCAUCCGCAGAGUGCUUGAGGAGGAAAGUGGGCGGAGCUUUCCUCGAGACAAGCCUCUGGAUACUUCUCUGAUUGGGUGGAUUCGUAUGGGCACUACAGUGGCGACUAACGCUUUGCUGGAGCGUCAGGGUGAGAGAAUGGUGCUGCUGGUGACACGUGGAUUUCGGGACUUACUACAUAUUGGCACACAGGCACGACCUGAUCUGUUUGACUUGGAGGUGUGUAUGCCAGAGGUGUUGUAUGAGGAGGUGAUUGAGGUGGAGGAGCGGGUUAUACUCACACAAGAUUACUGUGAGCUCCCCAGAAACCAACUCAGACAAUUAGUAACAGGCAGUUCAGGAGACAGUCUGGAGGUGAAGUGUGAGUUGGAUCUUCAGCGUGUCGAACAGGAUUUGAGACGUGUGUGGUCCAAAGGCAUCCGCAGUCUAGCAGUGCUGUUUCUGCAUUCUUACACGUGGUCUGCUCAUGAGAAAGCUGUGGGCUCUUUGGCGAAGCGUCUUGGUUUCACUCAAGUGUCUCUGUCUAGUGAGGUGAUGCCCAUGGUGCGAGCAGUGCCUCGUGGGUUCACUGUCUGUGUAGAUGCCUACCUCACACCAAAAAUACACAUGUACCUUACUGAAUUCACCACUGGCUUUAAAGGAGGCUUGAAGAAUGUGGAUGUGUUGUUCAUGCAGUCAGAUGGAGGUCUGACGCCCAUGGAGCAGUUCUGUGGCUCUCGGGCUGUGCUCUCGGGUCCUGCUGGUGGAGUCGUGGGUUACGCCGUCACCUCGUACAGCUUUACAAAUAACAAACCUGUCAUCGGCUUCGACAUGGGAGGCACAUCUACAGAUGUGAGCCGUUACGCUGGUCAGUAUGAACACGUGUUUGAAGCGACUAUCGCAGGAAUCACCCUGCAGGCGCCGCAGCUGGACAUCAGUACUGUAGCGGCCGGCGGAGGCUCUCGACUGUUUUUCAGGUCAGGGAUGUUUGUGGUAGGGCCGGAGUCAGCUGGAGCUCAUCCUGGACCGGCAUGCUAUAGGAAGGGUGGCCCUCUGACCAUCACCGAUGCAAAUCUGGCUCUCGGCCGUCUGCUGCCAUCAUUCUUCCCGCAUAUCUUUGGCCCUGAAGAAAACGAGCCACUCUCAGCUGACGAUACCAUGAAACAUUUCCAAAAACUCACACAAGAGAUUAACCACUUCCUCUCUACUAACCAAUCAUCCAGCAGUUCUCCAGGAAGGGACCAAUCAGAAAUGAGCAUAGAGGAAGUUGCCAUGGGCUUCAUCAGAGUAGCUAAUGAGGCCAUGUGCCGUCCAAUCAGAGCACUAACACAGGCAAAAGGUCAUGAUACAUCUGAACAUGUGCUGGCAUGUUUUGGAGGAGCAGGUGGCCAACAUGCAUGUGCCAUUGCCAGAGCUUUAGGCAUGAAGACUGUUUUUAUACACAAAUAUAGUGGAGUGCUAUCUGCAUAUGGUUUGGCUUUGGCUGAUGUGGUGGAGGAGGUGCAGGAACCAUGUUCUUUACAGUAUAAAGUGGACUCGUACCCUGAGCUCGACCGCAGGAUACAACAGCUCUCUGAACGGUGUGAGGAAAUACUACACAAACGAGGAUUCAACAGUUGUCAGAUCAGCAUGGAGGUGUUCCUGCACCUACGUUACGAAGGUACAGACUGCGCACUCAUGGUCUCCGUUGCUAGUAACCCCGGAAACCGUCACUCCUGUAUGGCUGGAGACUUCGGCACUGCCUUCACCGAACGAUAUCACAAAGAGUUCGGCUUCACCAUCGCCAAUCGUCCCAUCAUGGUGGAUGAUAUUCGUGUACGAGGAUCUGGCAAGUCUGGAAUCCGGUCAAACGUUCAGCCCAGCUCAGGGCAGACAUCUCCAACACCCGUCAAGAUGACUCAGUGUUACUUUGAGGAAGGUUAUCUGAACACUGCUGUGUAUCUGUGGGAAGAUCUGACCUGUAAUUACAGCAUUCAAGGACCAGCUAUCAUCAUCGAUAAGAACAGUACGAUUCUCGUGGAACCAUCAUGUGUAGCUCAUCUGACAGAGGCUGGUGAUGUGUGUAUCGCUGUUGGCAUGGCAACACAGUGUGUGUUAGGAACAGAACUGAACACGGUCCAGCUGUCCAUCUUUUCCCAUCGCUUCAUGAGCAUUGCAGAACAGAUGGGUCGUGUGCUUCAGAGAACAUCUAUCUCCACUAACAUAAAAGAGAGGUUGGAUUUUUCCUGUGCCGUGUUUGGACCUGACGGAGGUUUAGUGUCUAACGCACCUCACAUCCCUGUUCAUCUGGGAGCCAUGCAGGAGACUGUACAGUACCAGAUAAAGGCGUCUGGCGGUAUGCAGGAGGGAGAUGUUAUUCUCAGUAAUCAUCCAUGUGCCGGAGGCAGUCAUCUACCAGACCUCACCGUCAUCACUCCCGUGUUUAGUGUUGGUGUGAGUGCACCAGUGUUCUUUGUGGCCAGCAGGGGGCAUCAUGCUGAUAUUGGCGGAAUCACUCCAGGAUCAAUGCCGCCCCAUUCUACCUCUCUACAGCAGGAGGGCGCUGUCUUCACCUCCUUUAAACUGGUCACUGGUGGAGUCUUCCAGGAGAAAGCUGUGACUGAAGCUCUCAUGGCACCAGCACAGUACCCAGGAUGCUCCGGGACACGCAAUCUUCGUGACAACCUGUCGGACCUGCGGGCGCAGGUUGCAGCCAAUCAGAGGGGCUGCCAGUUGGUGGGGGAGUUGAUUGACAGCUAUGGUCUGGAGGUCGUCCAGGCAUACAUGGGUUACAUUCAGAGUAAUGCAGAACUGGCAGUUCGAGACAUGCUGAAAGAUUUCGCCCGGCGUCGGCAUGAGGAAACGGGCUCUCUUGAGGUCGAAGCAGAAGAUCAAAUGGAUGAUGGAACACCGAUAAGACUGAAAGUCCAAAUUAAUGAACUGCAGGGCAGUGCAGUGUUUGAUUUCACAGGUACAGGAGCAGAAGUGUGGGGUAACUGUAAUGCCCCUCGCGCCAUCACCUUGUCUGCCCUCAUCUACUGCCUGAGGUGUAUGGUGGGCCAGGACAUACCUCUCAACCAGGGUUGUUUGAAGCCCAUCUCAGUCAUUAUCCCCCCUGGCUCAAUCCUGCAGCCGUCACCGGAUGCCGCGGUGGUGGGCGGGAAUGUGCUGACGUCACAGAGAGUGGUGGACGUCAUUUUCAAAGCUUUCCAAGUGUGUGCAGCCUCACAGGGCUGCAUGAACAAUGUGUCGUUUGGCUGUGAGAAGAGUGGUUACUAUGAGACUGUUGCUGGGGGGGCAGGGGCGGGGCCAGGUUGGAAUGGGCGGAGUGGCGUUCACAGUCAUAUGACAAACACACGCAUCACUGACCCAGAAAUCCUGGAGAAGAGGUAUCCAGUGAUUCUUGAGCAGUUUUCCCUGAGGCCCGGUUCUGGUGGGGGUGGUCUGUACCAUGGUGGUGACGGUGUUAUCCGGAAACUUCUGUUUCGCAGGCCAGUGGUUCUGUCUGUGCUGACAGAGAGGCGUUCAACACGACCGUAUGGCCUGCAGGGAGGUGAAAAUGGAGCGCCUGGGCUGAAUUUAUUACAUAAAACUGAUGGAAGAGUUUUAAAUUUAGGUGCCAAAAACACCAUCAGCCUGGACCCUGGGGACAUGUUCAGUUUGUUCACUCCUGGUGGAGGUGGAUAUGGAUGUGUGGACGAGCAGGACAGAGGUCACAACCUUCCCUCUAAACGCAAAUGUCUGAAUUAGCCAUCAGAGAGGAAGAGAAACCCUGAAAAUCAAACAUCUUUAUAAUUCCUUUUUUCUUUAGCAUUUAUUUGGUUUUACAUUCAAUAACAUCUUUAGAAUUCAUGUGCAGAAUUCACAGGUAGAUUGAAAAGAGUUAUAUGAAAAUUUAUUCUGAAGACAGCUGAAAUAAACACCACUGACUCUCUUUAAAAGUGUUUUU